GGGAGCGGCUGAACCACUGCGGAUGGGCGGGGGGAAGCGGCCCCGCGCCCUGAGGAGCGGCCCCCGGGCCGGGCUCGGCCGGUGACAGCGCCCAGUGGCCGCGCCGGGAGCGGCCCCUCGCACCGCCGCGGUCCCGGCCCGCCCCGCGCCCGCUUCCCGGCGUGCCCCGCACUGGGCUAAAGGUCGCGGCGCGGAGGGGGCGGCAUUGGCUCGCCAGGGACGCAGCGCCCCGACCCCGGUCCCAGUCCCGGUCCCGGUUCUCACCCGCCGCCGCCGCCGCCAUGGCGAAGCAGCCGCAGCCCAUCAGCCCCUUGAAGAACUUCUUCGCUGGCGGUUUCGGGGGCGUCUGCCUGGUGUUCGUGGGGCACCCGCUGGACACCAUCAAGGUCAGACUGCAAACCCAGCCUAAGCCACAGCCUGGCCAGGCCCCACUCUACUCUGGGACCUUUGACUGCUUCAGAAAGACUCUUGUUGGAGAGGGAGUCCAAGGCUUAUAUAGAGGAAUGGCAGCUCCUAUCAUCGGGGUGACACCCAUGUUUGCUGUGUGCUUCUUUGGAUUUGGCUUGGGAAAAAGACUCCAGCAGAACAAACCUGAUGAUGUCUUGACAUAUCCUCAGCUGUUUGCUGCUGGCAUGUUGUCAGGAGUGUUCACAACAGUAAUCAUGGCUCCAGGAGAGAGAAUCAAGUGCCUUUUACAGAUCCAGGCAGCUACAGGUGAAACCAAGUACAGUGGCUCCCUGGACUGUGCCAAGCAGCUGUACCGCGAGUCUGGGAUCCGCGGCGUGUACAAGGGAACGGUGCUGACCCUCAUGAGAGACGUCCCGGCCAGCGGAAUGUACUUCAUGACGUACGAGUGGCUGAAGAACAUUCUGACCCCUCAGGGAAAGAGUGUGAGUGACCUCAGUGUGCCUAGGAUCCUCUUUGCUGGGGGCCUGGCUGGGAUCUUCAACUGGGCAGUUGCCAUUCCUCCAGACGUGCUGAAAUCACGUUUCCAGACUGCUCCUGCAGGAAAAUACCCAAAUGGCUUUAGAGAUGUGCUGAGGGAGCUCAUCAGAGAGGAGGGAGUUGCAUCUCUCUACAAGGGCUUCACAGCUGUGAUGAUCAGGGCCUUUCCUGCCAACGCGGCAUGCUUUCUUGGUUUUGAAGUCGCUAUGAAGUUUCUUAACUGGGUUGCACCUGGUCUAUGAAGACUAGGAAGUCUGGAAAUGAGAGAGGAGAAGGAAGAGAGUGCAAAUCUGCCUCAGAGGAAUAAAUUAAUGAUCACUUAAUAUUUCAGGAA